AUGGCGGAUACACCGUCAGCACCUCAACCAACUUCGGAAGGUUCUUCGCGAAAUGUAGCAUCCCAGAACUCGCCUCAAAGCGGAUCAGCCUCGCAGAAUACACAAGAAGAAUCUUCAAGCGUACCAGUGCAAGAGAGCACAUCAUCAGUGCCCGAAGCCACAUGGACUUGGCGUCAACUGGAAGCCGAAGCCAGAGCGGCAGCGGCAGCAGCAGCGGGGGCGGAAGGAGUAGAGACCGCAGAAGAAGUACCGGCAGUACCGGCAGUAACAGAAGCAGCAACACUACCAGCUCCCCUAGGAGGAUCGCCUCCAGGAUCGCCUUCAGGAUCAUCCUCAGAGCCUCUGAACCUGCCAACCGAGCGCUGGGGAGUACUCAACGAAGCCGCCGCUCUCAAGGUUCAAAAAUGGCUCGUUUUCUUCUUCCUAUUAAUGUUCUUUCAAUGGGUGUACGGACGUCGACUGGUUGGAUGGGUAUACUAUGGCGUCGAGUGGUUCAAAGCCGUUCGAGGGAUCGAAUCGAUAACCGAGAAAUGCCAUUAUAUUCUGCAGGAACAGAAUAUGUGGGAGAGGACACGGCAUGAUGUUGAUUGGUACCGACGGGUGACUUGUGAGGGUGAUAGAGAUGGGAGGGUGAUGAGGGAUUGGCUUUGGUUUGUAAGUGUUUUGCUUCUGAUGUGGAAUGUAGAGUUGAAUGCUGAUUGUUUUGUGAAUAGGCUGAAGGUGGUGUCAUCGCUUGGACGGGUUGGUCCCUACUCAGUAACGGAGGGUGGCGCGACCCGGGAACACUUUUUGAAGUGUUCAAAGACCACUUUAUCUUCAAGGUCCCAGGGUUCCUUUGGCGUGUAUUCAAGGCAAUUACCAAAGCUAUCAUCAAGUCAGUUUUGAGCACGGCCAUGUUCCAGUUCAAGACAGUUGGGGCCUUCCUCUGGUUUUUCUGGCACAAAACUUCACCACAGGGCGACUUUUUCAACAUCUUUAGCCCGUUGUGGACUCUGCUGGUAUGGAUAGUCAUUACAUUCCAGAGUGGCGCGAAGGGUAUGCACCAAUACGUUAUUGCCAAGGAGAAACCUAAUGCGUUUUACCUGCUCUUCGGCUCUAUUAUGGCUCUCAAUGCUGCUGUCGACUUGAUCCGAGCUUUGGACAAGGACACUUGGGGAACCAUUUUUAGUCCUUCCUCGUGGACGUCGAAUGGAACCAUUGCAUUCUUUUUCAACAUAGCGUGGAGACGCUUAGGAAGCUUCAGAUGGAUAAGCAUACCGGGUUGGUUUCGUCCUGGAAGGGAUAUUUUCAUGGGAGUAAUAGGCUUAGUUCUCUACAACUCGUUCAUGUCUUUUUGGGUAAGUGGUUUUUUACCCUGUUGGAUACUACUUAGCUGAUUCCAUAUUCCAGAUGAUUGCAGCACGAGUCCAGGGUAGAAAACGCUUCAAGAACGUAACAACCGUUUCUUUUCUGAAGGACCUUUGGGGCUACUUGCUUUGGGGCCUCACGGAGGUUUAUAAACGUAUUCCUAGUAUGCCUCGUAUUCCUGGUCUCCCCGCCCCUCGGUUUCCUGACCUUCUCCACUCUAGGGUCCCAGAAUAUAUCUCGGGGUACCUACAACCAGUAAGUAGCUCUGGAUAUACAGUUUCUUGUAAGGCAACAUCAAAAGCUAACUUAUCCUCAUAGAUCGCCAACGCGACCUCGCUCUUUGUAAGGGACAGGUCCGGUUCCGCCUGGCAGGCCAUGAAAGGAGUUCAAUUUCAGUUCGGUAUCCCCAAUAUCUCUUUCGAUAAAGGGAUCAAAGGUUUUAUUUUGAGAUGGUUCUUCUUGGAGUGGUUCAUAGCUGGUGCCCCCAUCAUACUCCAUGCACUUCUCAUGCGAGCCAUGGACAGGUAUCAGAUGCCUCGAGGGUGGUCGUUCCUCACUCUUCCUCCACUACUCUAUCCAAUCAUACUCACCAAGUCUUUCAAUGCCACUCGGAACCCUGGAAUCGACGGUGGUACUCUCAUUAAACCUCAAGGCCUACCGUUCAAAAGGCUACUUCCUCGAAUUUUCAUGGCGACUUCUGUAUCUGCAUUGCUCAUCGUUUUUCCUUACUCUUCUUGGGCUAUACAGGCUUCAAGGAAUUCAGCAUCGAAGGUCCCCUUUUUUAGGGCACUAUUGUUGGAGACCAUCGAACUCUUUGCACGAAACCGAAAGCGGUCUGUCUUUUUUCCGUAUAUUCUUCUUACCAUUGUCUUGUUUAUUGCACACCAGUCGCGUUGUAAAAAUUGGUCAUUAGGGAUGUCAGAUGACGAUGAUGAACCCUGCCCGCCGCCAAAAAUUAGAGGAGAUGGAGGGGGUGAAGGGGGUGAAGGAGAUGGAGGUGGUGGAGGAGGUAGAGGAGAUGGAGAAGAUGGAGAAGAUGGAGGAGUUCGUAUCUAUGGUUAUAAUAGAAGAGAAGGCGGUCCUGAUGGAAGUGGUGAAGAUGGUUUCCCGCCAGGUCUCGUCGACCGUGGGAUUUUCAUGAGUGCUGAAGCGGAUGGUAUUUUAGUGCCUGAUUCAGACAUGCCCCGCCUACCGGAUGCGCUUGGUCGGGCGAUUCGAGAUCAGAGAUAUAUAAACCUUGGAUACAUUCCAUUCAUAGAUUUUAACCCAGUGACACCGGAGGAUACACGACUACCAUCAGGUGUGCUAUUGAAUCGGCCAAGGUUUUUCCCAAGGGAAUAUUGACGAUCGCUACCCAGCAAUCGCCAAUGCUAUUCGUCAAAGAUAUCCAGGAAGAUAUUAUAGAAAUGAGAAUGACAUAAGCGUGGCGGAAGAGCAAGAACGAAGAUGGAUAGAACUUGGAUAUAUUCCCUAUAUAGAUUUCGACCCAGUUCUCGCUGAGGGUACGUUGCUACGCGGCGCCGGCGAAGAGACCGAAUAUUUGGGGCGGCCACCACCUAAUCACGACCCGGGACCAAUGGUGGAUCGUUCCCAGCGAAUCUACGAAAAUCUCCUUCGAUUAAACAAUCGAGAUUAUGAGUGGAAUCGAGCUCUUGACUUGCAACCACCGCCUGGAUUUCCAAUUCAACCAUCUACUUCUGCGGCCCUUGCAGAUCAAGAUCUCAUCAACACUGGACUCUUUCCAUACCGAGAUUUCGAACCAUCAUCAGCUGAGGGUACACUACUACCAUCAGGCAUUGUGUUGAAUCGGCAAAACGUUGCGACAUCCCCAUAUAUAGAAGACCGAACGCCUUCUUCCACUCAACCCCGUUCUCCCACUCGAGUUGAGAGAGAUCAAACAUAUAUAAACAAUGGAUUCCGUCCGUAUAUAGAUUUCGUGCCAGAGUUGCCCGAGGGUACACGACUACCAUCAGGUUAUGUGUUGACUCGGCCAGAUGGUGCGCCAGGCGACGACCCUCGGCCGAAUCUCAAUGCGGGAGCCGAAGCUCCAGCACCUGCAGUUGACGAUGAAAGCGAGUCAGCAGGAGUAGGAUUAGACAGGAUAACCGUAAUUAGAGAAGCUCGAGGAGAAAGUCCAAGAAGUGGGAGUGGAGAUUCAGAUGAAGGUUCAGAGGGAAGCGUGAUGAUAUUUACCUAGCAGUUAUCGUUGUCACCUGCCAUGAUAUUAUUGACCGCAAUUUUACCACAAAGUACCUUGAUUUCCUGCGCAACCGACCGGGGUUUCAGCCAACCAGGCACGUAUAUCGCGGGGGCAGGGGCAACGAUAUUCUGGCAAAUGUUUAACGUACCUUUACUUCUUGUAGCUGCAACUUUUCUUUCUUUCUAUUAUUGGGGACUGAAUAUAUCUUUGGUGUGGACGAAUAGAGGAUUGUUUUGGAGGAGUCUCAUAGGGUUUCUGGAGUUUUGGGUCGCUGCAUUUCGUCGUUUUCGUUAUAAUAUGGGAAGGGUUGUUUACAUCUCGAAGAUUGUGCUUGUGAUGUGUCCUUGGGGAAAAGAGAGCGAGAGCUGAGAAGAGCGAACCGUCAGUUGAGAAGUCGGGUGCGUCAUUUAGAACAACAUAUUAAGCAACUUGGGGAAACAGAGCAGGAAGCUAUGCAAUGCAACAUCGAAGGUGCUUCUCUAGGCUCGGAGCAAAAUCAACGUAGCGGAGAAGCAUCAGAACGAAUUGGUGGGGAUCCACAUCUCAAGGAGGAGCGAGCACAAUCUAGAGAACCAUCAGCUUUCUCAAACAUCCUACAGACAUGGUUGGGGAGAUUUGGUAUGGUGGACAGUGGCUGGACUGAUCAGAAAAUAAGAACCAUCAUGGAAUCACACACGGAUGAGGUCAAAAUAGCUCUGAACCGCUUUCAUCAAGACGAAAUUGCCGAACUACAGCAACAGUUUAGUGAUCAAUUGACUAGGGAACGUGAGAAUGCCGCUAGAAAACUUAAAGCAGCAGAGGAAAGAUAUCAAGAACUCCAAGUACAGAAUCUAACUCCGGAGGCAGUCGGAGAACAGGACAAGCAGAAUAACGAGUGUGGAGCAGUAAAUAAAGAACAAGAAAAUGAGGAUACCACUGGGGAGUACGAGGAGCUCAGAGAAGAUUACGAAAUCGAAGAUGACGAAGAGCCCCUCGAAGAGCCCCUCAAAGAACAACGAGAAUUAGCUUACUUAAGAAAUUGUCUCGGCCGCAUUUCAAUGACUGUGCUCGCAAUUGCUCGUAAUCAAGGUAUCAACAUCCCAGAAGGGUCAAUACCUAACUGCGAAGACAUAAUACACAUGCUCGAAGUCUACAAUGACGUUCGGAAAGAGUUUCUGGCUUUGUACCGCAGUGUAGUAGACUCACUGCAACUACUCGGACAAGAGCCUCCACAAGAGUUGCCAGUAGCAGAACUGAUAUCCUCUUAUGUUAUUGAAUGGGUGGACUUGAUCAGGAUUGCCGAAGAGCAAGCGCAAAACGAAGGUGUUGGACAGGGCAGAAGCAAGUUGAUCGAUGAGCUUCAGGGGAGAAUCCGUGCUUUGGAAAGAACAAUUACCAAUCUCCAGGCGGAAAGAAAAGCUCCUUUAGCCCGGCAAUCGACGACUGAACCAACCGCUCGAGCAUGGACAACCUCCUCAACUGCUCGAAGGUUUCAGUUAUACAAUGAAAGGCGAACACAGAUCAGCGAGUAUACAGAGACUUUGCAGCAAAAGGAUUAGGCUUACCAGCCCCCGUCGCUAGAGCUUAAUGAUUGGUAUUUCCAGCACGAAAACCCUAGAGAUUUCAGCAACGACCAGGAUUUUGUUGAAUGUUUCACAAUUGGAGAGAUAGCACGCCUCCACAAUCAUUUAGAACGGUUGCACCAACAGAUUCAAACAGGCACUGAGAUAGAAAGGUAUCUCUCCACGAAGUGGGCUGCAGUCAACACCAAAGUUAUCAUCGAACUCAAGGACGAGCUGGAAAAGAGGAACAGACCUGCGACUUCACAGCCAAUACAACCGCCGCCAGCGCAGCAGCAGCCUAUCACACCAACGUUCCAGCAUCCAAGCCAGAGUCCAAGGUCCACUUCACAUCCAUCCCAGUCGUUCUCGAAUGAACAUACUUCAACUACCCUCCGCAUUUCCUCGCAACCAUCUGCAACACCUUUUGCACAAAUUGAUCCGUCUUCGAGUCCCCAGACUUUCAAUGACCAGUUCAGUAGAAAAUAUGGACCAUUUCAGCCUGAGAGACAAGAAACCUUCCAGAAGACCGAAACACAGGGAAGGGUGACGGAAGAAAAUCCAGCUCAACAAAACACAACUCAAGAAGCAGUAGCUAGAGGGAACCAAAAUGAUGACCUCACCUCAGAGCCCGUACUGGUUCCUUCAAACCCUGCCUCUGGUGAUGAGGAAGAGCUAUAG